UGGUACGUAUUUCCUGUCAGAUGAUUUUGGGAGUGGUGGUUUGUGAUCUACAGCGUGUCUGAUUAUCUCGUGGAAAGCUUUAGGAACCUUAAAGUAAUAUAGUUCACUUUUGCCUUCAGACAUAGAAAAUGCCUUUGUUGUGCGGAGGAACCACCGCGGCGAAGGACGCCGAUGAGGCGGUGCAGAAGAUCUGUGAUGAGCUGAAGCCACAUGUGGAGGAAAAAGCAGGAAGAACAUUUAAUGUCUUCACUGCUAAAUCCUACAAAACACAGGUGGUAGCUGGGACGAACUACUUCAUCAAAGUCCAGGUGGGUGAUGAGGAAUGUGUUCACAUGCGUGUCUAUAAGAUGUUACCUCAUGCUGGAGAAAAACUGGAACUUCAUGGAAUACAGACACAGAAAUCCCAUCAGGAUGCCAUCGAAUACUUCUGAACAGCCGCUCUAUUGAGGAAAAAAGAAACCAUAGAAAAAUCACUAACACUCAAACAAGCAAUUACUUUGAAUUUCUAAUAUGUAUUGGAUCUCACCCACUUACACAUUUAUUCUGACUCAAUUCCUGAACUGACAAAAAAAAUCUGCUUCUUUUAAUAAAAUAAACUGAAAAGUAAAUAUUUUCAAACUAUUUUUUUGUCAUACACAUUCCUCAUUAAAGAGAACAUUAAGAUUA